CAGUGUAUCUCCCUUGGGAGGGACAAUGGGACUGUCUUGUCGGCUAAAAGGUUAUGGCAAGCAGCAACGAGGAAGGGACUCGUGGCUUGUCGCUUUUGUCCCAGACCUCAACCAAGUCUGAUGCACGGAGAGCCGUCGCCCACUACCGUUUCCUUGCCCCCUCUUGACUACCUCCAGGCAAGUCCAGUCAGAGGACAGCUCGAGCCUCAUGACGAGGUAACCAAAAAGUCGGGCUGGCGUUUUCUCCAGUGCACAGAUACUCCCAACGAACUCAAGGUACUACUCCCUCCCCGUACAGCCCAACUUUAUGCCGUUCUUUUAAAGGCGGAGCUCAACGAACUCGCCAAGAAGCGUGAUGCCUCUUGGGACCGCAUCGUCGACAUCCGGCGUCUCAAAGACCGCAUGAUAAGGAAAUGCCAACGCCUCGCUCAAGCAUACUCAGUCAAUAACCAGGCUGCCCGUGUCCCAUUUCUUACCCUCCACGCCCCACCCGACUUCCGGCUCAAAGAGAUGGAAAAGUGGAUUCGUUUUCAGGAGGGGUCGGAUUCAUUGUUCACGAAAAAAAAUUCUCCAGAUGGUGUCAAGUCGCGCCCUUCAUUCUGUUGUGAUCGCUGCGCCAAUCUGGUUCCACACAAUCAUACCGUGUCACACCGUCGUGCUUCCUCGCACUCUGUGCAUUCUCGUCGAUCAUCAUCAUCAGCGUCGGAAUGGGCGCACUUGACCGGUCCUUCGGUCUCUAAACACGCGAAAGCCUCUAGAGGUAAUCAAAACGAAGUCAUAAGCAAAUCGUCAUCCAGUUCUGUCGCUCGACAUGACUUCAGAUCGCAAGAGAGCAGGACUCACGAUGUGUACGUCCACGAGCACGACAGUGUUCGAGAAUCAACUGGAGCAGGACAUACCAACCGUCGAGAAUUGAGCCUGGAAGAAUUCCAAAUCCAUUCUUCCGAUCAUCGGAGCACUUCAGUCGAAGCGAGUAUGCUGCUAGCGGAGACCAACCUGGAGCGGAAGAAACGCGAUAUGCAUGUGAUCCCUGAAGAUCCUCAUGAACACAGUGCUACUUCAAGCAUUCGCUCCGCAUCGGAGAGCCGCCACGACGUGGAGUCGACUGGUCGCCUGUCAAUCGUCUCUCCAGAUCCCGUUCCUAUUCCAUAUAACGGGUCCUUAUCGGCUGCCUUCAAAGACACGGUCACGAGUCCGGUGGACAUGAAUGACUCCCGUGAUCAAGGAAGGCACUCUCCAUUAAAUGGUUCACAGUCUCCUCCCUCAGAGGAGGAACCUACGGAUGCGGAUGGCAUGCCUCGUCCGGACGCCCUACGGAGACGAAGCAGCCUGAAACGCAGCAACUCUGAGUUGCGCAUGAGUAUGGCUUAUUCAAGCAAGACGGUGUCCUGGGCCAUGGAUCGCGACUGGUCUCAUCAAAUAUCCCAGUACCAUGCUGCCGCUGAACAGGUGGGAUAUGUCGACCAGGAAUGGGGGGUAAUUCGUGACAAGUGCAAGGACGAGCUGGCAGGCCUGAAAGUCCUGCGACGUAGUGUCACAGAGACUUUAUCCAAGCUAAAAUUGGAGACUGAGAGAUUGCAGCGUGAAGAUGAAGUUAUUCGCGACCAAGAAGAAAAGUUACGCGCGGGGUUCGAGCAACUGGAGCAAAAACAUGUCCAGUAUCAGACACAAGUCAAGGCUGUUUUACAUGAAACCGAGCAAGUACUUGCGCUUUGUGGUUCGAAGCGGAGCGGAGAGUCAUGAUGACCUUACUUCAAUCCAUAAUUCCUUGUUAAGGCUUUCUCCAUGUGAUACCGCAACUGUAUACCCUGACACAGUGCUUUCUAUGUCUAUGCAGUUCUGUAGAUACGGUACAUA